GAGAAGAGGGGAGGUGUUGUGUUGAUUUGCCGCGCCGCCGCUUCUUGCACAGCACAGGCCGCAGACGUGCCUGCAGUGGCGGCCAUGGAGGAGAUAGACACGGAGGAGGAGGAGGAGGACGAGCUGUUGAAGAGGCACCGCAAGGAGAAGAAGGAGUUGCAAGCUAAAAUACAAGGAAUGAAAAAUUCUGUCGCUAAAAAUGACAAGAAAAGAAGAAAACAGCUAGUGGAAGAAGUAGCUAAAAUUGAGUCUGAGCUGGAACUAAGGCAUGAGGAGGAACUUCAGCAACUCUCGUUGCCACUUGAUAAGUCUAGUAUGGUUGAAUCUUCGACCAAUGGAAUUGCAAAUUUGGAAUUAGAAAUCGGUAAUGAGAAAGAAAUUAAACAAUCACGGGUGUCCAAAGCACAGAAGAGGAGGGAGAAGAAAGCUGCUCAGGAUAAAGAAAGAGAAGAGAGGAUAGCUGAAGCAGAAAUUGAAAACCUGAAAGGUGCCCGGCACCUCGAAAAUCAGAAGCUUGCUGAGAUUCUGGCUGCUAGAAAGCUGCAGAUUAAGCAGAUCCCAUCUGAUGGUCACUGCAUGUACAAAGCUAUUGAAGACCAACUCCAAACCCAGAGCAGUUUGCUGGCACUUGUCGAGCUGAGGGCACAGGCAGCUGAAUACAUGAGAGGUCACAUGGACGACUUCCUACCUUUUCUGACCAACUCUAACACAGGCGACAUGUAUACACCUGAUGAAUUUGAGAAGUACUGUCAUGAAGUAGCCCAUACAGUGGCAUGGGGCGGACAACUGGAGUUGAGGGCUUUAUCACACGUCUUGAAAAUGCCAAUGGAGGUUAUACAAGCAGACUCUACUCCAAUCACAAUCGGUGAAGAAUAUGGGAAGAAACCAAUCAUUCUUGUGUACAUGAGACACGCAUAUGGAUUAGGAGAACAUUAUAACUCCGUAGAACAAUUAAAUGAAGCAGCUACCGAAGAUGUAAGCUAAUUACCAUCAGUGUUUCCAUAUUAAUCAGUGUUUCCAUAUUAAUCAGUGUUUCAUUUGCUCAAUGUUGUACUUUUCCUGUGGAGUUGAAAAUCAAAGUUGUGCACAGUUCAUAUGGAAAAUUGGAGAAGAAUAAUGCAUAUCCAACUUGUUUCUCUUGGCUGCAUCACUUUAUCGUGAGAGGACCUGUAAAAGCCAAAUGGAGAAUGCAUGCUAUGAAUGUUUUAAUGAUUCUGUCAUUCUGAGUGUACUGUGCAUCACAAUACAAAUAAAAGUAGCAGAGAUUA